GUGAGAGGAACAACAACAUUUGUGGGCUGCGCGUUGAGGAAGUGCAUGUGAAAUUUUCGUUCGUAGGACAAUUGUUAAUUAUCCACUGGCCGAAUUUGCCCCGCAAUCACGUGUCCGUGUGAAAUGUGAACGAUUCACCGAUCGGAAUCUGAUUCAUUAGAAGUAAUACAUGUAUAUGCCGAUAUAUAUAACAUACAAAGUCCAGUUAACCUUACGUAAUUGUAAUUGUGUGUGAUUCUAAGCGACCAAAAUGCAUCUCGAUCCCCAAAUCCAAAAGUAUCUGAAAUUCGCCAGCUACGUGUGCUAAGAAGUCAAACAAAAACGAGUAGAAGCGGCGAAAAGAGUGCAAAACCAAGCAAGAGUAUACGAAAUCGAGUUAAGAGAGAUCCAGCAGAAGGACUCGAUCGGCCAAGCGGAAACGGAAACGGUAAACGGAUACGGAAGCUGGCAAGAUGGCCGCCGCCCACAGCCACCACAAUGCCAACCUGCUCAGCUCGGACAUCUCCCGCAGAAAUCCGCAGGACGAGUACGAGCUUAUCCAAAAGAUUGGCUCCGGCACUUAUGGCGACGUCUAUAAGGCGAAACGAAUACAGAGCAAUGAGCUGGCUGCCAUCAAGGUCAUCAAGCUGGAGCCCUCCGACGACAUACAGAUCAUCCAGCAGGAGAUCAUCAUGAUGAGGGACUGCCGGCACCCGAACAUCAUCGCCUACUACGGAUCGUACCUGCGAAGGGACAAGCUCUGGAUCUGCAUGGAGUUCUGCGGCGGUGGCAGUCUGCAGGACAUCUACCAGGUCACCGGUCCCCUCACCGAAGUCCAGAUCGCGUACAUGUGCCGGGAGACCCUCAAGGGACUCGAGUACCUGCACUCCAUGGGCAAAAUGCAUCGGGACAUCAAGGGUGCGAAUAUCCUGUUGACUGAGUACGGGGAUGUCAAACUGGCGGACUUUGGAGUUUCGGCGCAGAUCACGGCCACCAUUAACAAACGCAAGAGCUUUAUAGGUACACCCUACUGGAUGGCUCCCGAAGUGGCGGCCGUGGAGCGAAAGGGUGGCUAUAAUCAACUUUGUGAUAUUUGGGCCUGCGGCAUAACCGCAAUCGAGCUCGCUGAACUGCAGCCGCCGAUGUUCGAUCUGCAUCCGAUGCGCGCCCUCUUCCUGAUGUCGAAGAGCGGCUUCAAGCCGCCCACCCUGAACAACAAGGACAAGUGGAGCCCAACGUUCCACAACUUCAUCAAGACGGCGCUGACGAAGAACCCGAAGAAGCGACCCACCGCCGAGCGCCUGCUGCAGCAUCCCUUCGUCCAGUGCGAGAUGUCCUUGCGGGUGGCCAAGGAGCUGCUGCAGAAGUACCAGAGUCCCAACCCGCAGUUCUACUACUAUCUCGAUGGCGAUGAGGAGUCUGUGGCUGGUGUGCCACAGCGCAUUGCCAGCAAAAUGACGUCACGCACCAAUGGCGUGCCAGCGCAAAAUCACACACUAAAAACAGGAAUGACGACGAAGUCCACGUGGAACGAGCGAUCUUCUAGUCCCGAGACGUUACCCAGUGACAUGAGCCUCUUACAAUAUAUUGAUGAGGAGCUGAAGCUAAGAGCGACCUUGCCACUGAACAGCGACACCAAAGAUCCACUCGCCGCCGAGUGCAGCUGCUCCUCCCACAACGGAGGGGCCGCCGGAGGAGGAGGAGGAGCAGUAGGAGCAGGCGGGGCAGCCGCGAACGGCAGCAGCAGCAGCAGCAGCGGCGGCACCAGCACCCACCAUCAUCAACAGCACCUACAGCACCACCAGCAUCACCACCAUCCGAAUCACCCGCAUCCGAAUCAGCAACAUCAAAUGCCGCAACAGCAACCGCCGCAGCAGCAGGCGGCUCAUCAGCAGCAUCAUCAGGCGGCUCAGCAGCAGCAGCAGCACCAUCACCACCAUCCAAUGACCUCGUCCAUGUCCAGCGGCUCGGUGACCGCCGCCAAUGCCAACUGCAUCAACACGUCCGCCUCGCUGGCCUCCAUGCCGGGUCUCAGUGCCUAUCUGGGCAUGGGCGCCCAUGUGGGUGGGAGUGGCCACAUGGGAAUGGGCUUGGGCAUGGGCUUGGGCCUGUCCAAUCUGCGCACCACCAGCAUCGAUGCCGACGACGAUGAGCUGGUGGCUGCCGAUGUGGCCAUGAACAAUGCUGCUGCCGCCGUUCCCGGCAACGGAUCCGGUUGCUCCGCCUCUGCGGCUCACUAUCUGCGGUACAGCAGCAACUACCGCUCGGCCGCCGCGGCUCAGGCAUCGCAGGCGGCCCAUCCGCACCCGAACUCCAAUAAUUCGAACAACGGCCAUGGCCACGGGCCAAACUCAUCAUCCAGCAUCUCGUCCUCUGCGUCAUCAGCUUCGUUUUAUAAUCGCCUCCUACUCCUCGAUAAUUCCAGCGGCGAUGCAGUCGUCGGCGGCGGUGGCAGUAACAACAGCAGCAGCAGCGGCGGCGGCGGAGGAGGAGGAGGUGUAGCCGGCGGCACCAAUGGCCUCCUGGACAAGCACGACGUGGAGGUGGCCACCCAGGCUGGCGUGAAGUCCGCCGGCGAUGGCUAUACGCAUUCCAACAGCCCGGCGGCUAACUCCGGAGCGGGAGCGUCCGGAUCGAGGGACAGCGAUGGACCCUCGUCGAGCAACUCCUCGCAUCUCUACCAGAACCUGCUGAGGAGCAGCUCCGGAGAGGCGCCGGCGGGAACGAGCUCGGCGGGCAACAACUGUGAUUACCGGCAUGAGAGUAACCAGAAUGGUCUGGAGGACUCGCCGCGACGCCAUAGCUCCAUGGAUCAGCUGAUUGGGUUGCUCGAGAACAUGGGCAAGUCCUCGAGGACACGCAGCCUGAGCGAUGGCGGCACUCAGGACGAUGACGAAGAGAAGGAGGCGCAACCAGAUCUGCUGAACAACACCCCGCCGGUGCCACCGAAACGCUCCCACAAGCGCCGCCACACGCCACCGCGUCCCAUCUCCAACGGACUGCCGCCCACCCCCAAGGUGCACAUGGGCGCCUGCUUCUCCAAGAUCUUCAACGGCUGCCCGCUGCGGGUGCACUGCACCGCCUCGUGGAUCCACCCGGAGACGCGGGACCAGCAUCUGUUGAUUGGCGCCGAGGAGGGCAUCUACAACCUGAACAUGAACGAGCUGCACGACGCGGCCAUCGAUCAGUUGUUCCCGCGCCGCACCACCUGGCUGUAUGUCAUCAAGGAUGUGCUCAUGAGUCUGUCGGGAAAAUCCUGCCAGCUCUAUCGACACGACCUGGUGGCGCUGCACUCCAAGCAGACGGUGCGCUUCUCGCUGCACAUGAACAAGAUCCCGGAGCGCUUGGUGCCGCGCAAGUUCGCCCUGACCACCAAGGUGCCCGAUACCAAGUGCUGCACCCAGUGCUGCGUCACGCGGAAUCCGUACAAUGGAUACAAAUACCUUUGCGGGGCGACGCCCAGCGGCAUUUUCCUGAUGCAGUGGUACGAUCCGCUGAACAAGUUUAUGCUGCUCAAGCAGUGCGAGUGGCCGGCCAUUAGCAUUCAGGGCGGCGGACAUGGCUGCGUCCAGAAUGGACACACACCCGUAUUCGAGAUGAUUAUCACGCCGGAACUGGAGUAUCCGAUAGUGUGUACGGGUGUGCGGAAGGCCAUGAACGGCUGCCUCAAGCUGGAGCUGAUCAACAUGAACAGUGCCAGCUGGUUCCACUCGGAGGACCUGGAGUAUGACGCCAUGGCCACGAUGGUGCCGCGUCGCGACCUGCUGAAGGUGGUGCGCGUGCACCAGGUGGAGAAGGACGCCAUUCUCGUCUGCUACGGCAAUCUGAUGCAGGUGGUCACGCUGCAGGGCAACCCCAAGCAGCACAAGAAGAUGGUAUCGCAGCUCAACUUUGACUUUAACGUUGACAGUAUUGUUUGCUUACCGGACAGCGUUUUGGCAUUCCAUAAGCACGGCAUGCAGGGAAAGUCGUUGCGCAAUGGCGAGGUGACGCAGGAGAUCAAGGACAUGAGUCGCACCUACAGGCUGCUGGGCAGCGAUAAGGUUGUGGCCUUGGAGAGCCAACUGCUGAGGACCGGCUCCCUGGGCAGCGAGGAGGGACAUGAUCUGUACAUUCUGGCCGGGCACGAGGCUAGCUACUAAGCUAAUGGAACGCCCGUUUAAUCCACUGUUAUAUUUUAAAUAUAAUCCGGUUCACCACACACACAAGUUUUAAGGG